UAAGCUGAAGCAAAUACUAUCUAACAGGGAUCUUCAAGAAGGAUAUAUCAACAAUUUCAUCCAAGCUCUGCAAGAUCUUGUCAAAUAGAGUGGCAAAAUCCAAGCAAUUGGUUAGAAAAUGAAACUGAAUCAUAGAUCACAUUGUGCAAGCAAAAAAAGAAAGAUGAGCAAAUCAGGCCACUCAAAGCUUCACAUCGCCAUGUUUCCAUGGGUUGCCUAUGGUCAUUUCAUCCCCUUCCUUCAUCUUUCUAAUAAGCUGGCUCAUAAAGGCCACCAAAUUUCCUUCUUUCUGCCCAAAGGAGUUCAACCAAAGCUUGAAAACCUGAACCAAUACCCCAACUUGAUUCGGUUCUUUCCUCUACAUAUACCCCAUGUCGAUGGCCUCCCUCCAGGUGCUGAAACUACAUCUGUUGUUCCUAUGAACCAACAAAAAUACCUUGCUUUUGCCGUAGAUCAAACCAGGGACCAAGUUGAAGGAAUCUUAAAGGUUAUAAAACCUGAUAUGGUUUUUUAUGAUUUCUGGUUUUGGAUCCCAGACUUGGCUCGCCAGCUUGGGAUCCUCCCCAUAUUCUAUGUAGUGGUUUCCUCAAUGUCGAUGGGGUUAAACACCAAGGUACUAACCAAAGAAAUGACUGUAGAAGAGGUGAUGGAAUUGCCUCCUGGUUACCCCCUUUCCACAGUGAAACUCAAACCUGAAGAGGCUGCUGUAAUGUUGUUUGAGGCUGAGGAUUUCGGAAGUGGACUGUCGUUUCGGGAACGGAUAAGGACUGCUGUGAAAGGAAGUGAUGCCAUUGCCUUCAGGACUUGCAGUGAAAUCGAGGAACCAUUUUGUGACUUUGUCGCUGAAGGAUUUGGGAAGCCUGUUUUGUUGUCAGGGCCUUGUUUGCCUGAAACGAAUACCCAACAGCUUGAUGAGGAAUGGGUUAGUUGGUUGAGCCAGUUCGAGCCAGGGUCUGUUGUGUUUUGCUCAUUUGGAAGCCAGAGUGUGUUGCAGAAGGAUGAGUUCCAGGAGUUGGUGCUUGGGUUUGAGCUAUGUGGGCUACCAUUUUUGGUAGCUUUAAAGCCACCCCAAGGAUUCUCGACUGUUGAAGAAGCACUGCCGGAGGGGUUUCAAGAUAGGGUUGGAGGAAGAGGGUUGGUGUAUGGAGGUUGGGUUCCACAAGAGCAGCUAUUGCACCACCCUAACAUCGGCUGUUUCGUUAACCACUGUGGGUAUGGAACGAUGUGGGAGUUUUUGCUUAGUGACUGCCAAAUCGUGUUAAUACCUGAAAUAGGGGAUCAAAUUUUGAACACCAGGUUGAUGGCGAAUGAACUCAAGAUUGGGGUGGAAGUGGAGAGAGGUAAAAACAGGGAGGUUCCAAAGGAGUCAUUGAGUGAAGCCAUCAAGUUUGUGAUGGACAAGGACAAUGAAACAGCUAAUAUGAUGAAGAGAAACCAUGCUAAGCUGAAGCAAAUACUAUCUAAUAGGGAUCUUCAAGAAGGAUAUAUCAACAAUUUCAUCAAAGCUCUACAAGAUCUUGUCAAAUAGAGAGUCCAAGUUGCAAAACAAGAAGAAUAUAUCCAUUUCAUUAUUUGGAAUGAAUUGAAGAGUAGUCCUUGCAGAUUAGCUCUCAAAAGGAUUUGGUCAAGGUUCUUUCACCAUGUUAAACGGCAUCUAAUGAUGCUGCUCAUUUUCUAGCCAAAAAUGGACUGAAUAGUAAUACUGCCACUAUGUGGGUGGAAGAUUACCCACCCAUUCUUCAUCUUUAUGUCAUCACUGGUGCUAUGAAAAUGUUCAAUUUCAACAACAAUAGCAAAAAAGUCAUCCAAUAGGGUAAUGUAAUUUGGAAUGAAUGUUGUUCCUAAUCUACACUUAAAAAUGUCAUCAUUUAUUUAUCUUUC